CAGAAAUCUGCAGGGCCAAACCAUACGGGUUCUUACGUUCUACCUAGCGGUGAAGUAUUUUGCAAAGGCCUGAUGCGUGUACACGCAAAUGCAGACUUUAGUGAAUACACAUGUUAUUUAGGGAUGAAGUACGCCAGAAGCAACGAGCUGGACGGCUUGUCGCAGUGCUCGGCGCACGCGCUCGCGACUUGCUCAGAGUCUGCAUUGUGGCCAUUGCCAGCGGCUCGCGCGGCUUCUCGCCGCUCACCACCUGGCUGGACCUAACUGGCUCGCCCUUCUCCAUCGAUGUCACCAACACCACAACCCGCUCCUAUGUUUUCACGGACGUGACGGGAGACCGUGCCUCCGACAUGGUGUUUUUCGAUCAGCCCACCUUGCGCCUAGCGUACAUGCCAAGCAACCGGAACAACAAGCUGGUGGACGACACCGACGGCGACGGUACCACUUGGUUCGAGCUCUCCACGGUGUCGGGACGCUGCGCCUCACUCGGCGAGGACUGCUUCCUGAUCACAUCAGAUGUCAACAACGACAAGCUGAACGACAUCGCGCUGGUGUAUCUGGACCGUGUGACUGAGACGGAGGAGUUCUACCUGACCCUGGUCACCACAAGCCCGCCCGCACCCCUCAACUGGUACAUGACCUCCGCCGCUGUGUUCCCUCGCGGCGCCUGCACCUCGCCGCAAGCCGUGGCCCUGGGACAGUUUGUGGGCCUGGACGGCUCGUUGGACGGCACCAUUGCCGGCACCAACCAGCCGCAGCUGCUGUGCCUGUCCAGCUACGACCAGCGCAUCUACGUGGGCGGGCUGGGCGUGUGGGGUUCGCUGCCCGGGCCUGUGACGUCGCUGCAUGUGCGGGAUGUGGACGUGGACGGCCGCGACGACCUGCUCAUAUUCACCGAGGUCGGCUCCUACUACCUCGUGUCCACCGGUGCUUCCUUCGGGCCGGCGCUGCCGACCGCCGCAUGGCUCAGCCCCUCGUCUGUCAGUCUCGCGGUGCCGCUAACGCUCGACCUGGGUCAGACCGACCAGACCGCGUCCAGCGUUGUAGCCUCUGCCGACGUCAUUGGUGCCGCACCCGUGGAGCACCGCUGCGGCCCGCCGCGUCGCGUGGUUGCCUAUUACACCAACCGCCGCCCCGACAAGUCGCCCGCUUGCCUGGCCUCGGUCGCGGAUGUAGAGACCACUGCACUUCAGCGCGCCGCUGCAGCCACGCACGUCAUCUUCGCGCACGUCAAGCCCAACGCCGAGACCAUCAGCGUCGACCUGGCCAACGAGCGCGACGGGCCCGUGCUCGCCAACCUGGACGGCAACCUGUUCAACGUGAACCCCGACAUCCGCGUGCUGGUGUCGGUGGGCGGACCCGGAGGCCUGGACUCUGACUACUCCCGCCUGGUCCUGAACGAGCAGUCGGUGGUGGGCUUCGCUAACGCCACCGUCACGUUCCUCAACGCCUACAACCUGGACGGGGCCGAGCUCAGCUGGCCCAACUUGCAGUCGGAGCAGGUCGAGGGCUACACAGCCCUGCUCGAGAUCCUGAGCGCCACCCUGCGCCCUGCCGGCAAGCUGCUGUCUCUCGCGGUGCCGCCGCGCGAGGUGUACGUGAGCAUGGACUGGGGCCGCCUGGGCUUGCUGGUCGACAUGAUCAACUUCCAGGGUUUUGACCUGGAGGGUGACGAGGUGCUGGGCGCCUCGCCCUACGUGGAGACCCCCCUGUUUGACUGCCAGGAGGCGGAGGGCCUGUCCGUCAACUCGCUGGUGGACUUGAUCCUGGCCGCCGGCGCGCCACCGCAACUGCUGACUGUGGUGGCGUCAUCCAUGGGCCGCUCUUUCGUGCUGGACGGCGAUGGCUUUGUGGGAGGCCCCGGCAGCCCCGGCCCUUGCAUGGGCGUGGAGGGGCUCCUGGACCAGUCCGAGAUUAAGCUGCUGCUGCCGCCCGGCGCGGCCCGCCACGACCCGGAGGCCUUCGCAAACGUGGGCCCCUUCGCCGCCAACCAGUACGCGCACUGGGAGGACGCCUACUCCAUUGUGAACAAGGUCUGCUUCGCCCGCUCGCACUGCCUGGGCGGCGUGGGUCUGUGGGACGUGGACGGCGACAGCUACGGCGAGCUGCUGGGCGCUGUCGGCCGCGCGGUGCUGGGCGACCCGGCCAUCUGCACCGAGUACUCGCCGCCCGAGUGCACCAACACGGUGUCCACCCGCGGCAGUGAGGAUCUGGGCUCGCCCGAACUGGUGGCCACACUGGGCGACUCAGAGUUCCUGUUGUACCAGGUCCGCAAGAACUGGCCCGACGCCCGUGACCAUUGCCAGCAAAUUGGUGGCGACCUGGUGUCUGUGACGUCCCGUGGCGAGGCGGGUGUGGUGUACAGCCUCAUCACCGCGUGGGCCAGCAGCGGGCAGUUGGGACCCGACGACAUCUACAGCGGCCGUGACGUGUACGUUUGGCUGGGCGGUAGCGACGCGGCCCAGGAGGGCCGCUUCGUGUGGGCGGAAUCCGGCGCCGACUUCACGUUCACAUCCUGGGCGGGCGGGCAGCCCGACGGCCGGUUUGGUGGAGAGGACUGCGUUGCAACCACCGUGCGGCUGGCCGGCAGCAGCGGCGCGGGCCUGCGCCAGGUCAUCAGCAGCGAGGCGCUGUGGAACGACGUCGGCUGCACUGCGGCGCUGCCCUUUGUGUGCCAGCGCGACACGGCCCUGGCCCGCUCUCUGCUGCGCGCGGCCAAGGAGGUGCCAUGGCUGUCCGCGACCUACCACGUGCUGGCGCCCGCGGAGGAGGGCGACCCCGGCCUGAUGCUCACGCAGCCCGAGGCCAACAAGCUGUGCCGCAGCCUGGGCGGAGAGCUGCCCACGCUGACGGACCCCUGGGUGCGCGAGGACUUGACCAGCCAGUACCACCGCGACCUGCCCACGCACACCUGGCUGGGGCUGCGCUCGUACGGCGAUGGCCAGCUGUUCUGGAAUGACGGCACUUUCACGACUGACGGCAUGCUGAACGCCUGGGAGCCCGGCGAGUUCGGCGACGCGGCCUGCGGUCUGAUCGUAGGCCCGAGCGGCGCCAACGUAACAGUCUCGGCCGGAACGCUCUACAGCUUCUGGAACGCCACCACCUUCCAGGGCGCCAUCCGGGUCGCCUCGCCGCCGCCGCCGCCGCCGCGCCCGCCCUCGCCGGGCCCGCCCGGCCCCAAGCCGCCCAGCCCACCACCGCGCCCGGCCAACCUGACGCCGCCCGCGCCGCCUCCCGGCCUUCCCAACGCGCCGCCCUCUCCCGUGUACGAGGACCUGACGAUUUACAAUCUCACAGACUACUUCGCGCCGCAAGUGCAGAUGUACAGCGUGUUUCUGCCUCAGGGCGUGUACUCGCUCAGCUGCAACGAGCGCAUGCCCACCACCUGCCAGACGGGCAUGCCCGCGGUGUCCUUGACGCCCAACUUCUACUGCCUCACGCGCCCCAACGGCCGCGCCUAUGUGGUGCCCGGCAAGGAGCUGCCCAGCAUGCCCCUCUACCUCAGCACCGAGCGCGCCUGCGCCGCCGCCUGCAUGCUCAACUUCCGGUGUGUGUAUUACACGUGGCUGCCCCGCUUCCGCGCGUCCUUCCUCCCCACCGACGAGGUCCUGGGCCGCCCCAACCAGCUGCAGGACCAGGGCUCCUGCUACCUGAUGGGCCGCCCCUGGAUGCCCAACUCCGACCGCCUGCCCAAGCUGCUGUCCGAGAUCACCGACAGCGACCGGGUGUGCUUCCGCAGUGGCAGCAUCUUCAGUGGCGACACCCUGCCCAUCAGCGACGACACGCUCAUCCAGCCCCCCGCCGCCGUCGGGCCCCUUUUCGGCAACCCCGCGGCCGUGGCCGCUAACCCCGCAGGGACGCCACCUGCCACGCCCUUUUCUCUGCUGUGCGGUAGCGACGGCGCCGCUGCACCGCUGCUUAGCUCCCUCACCUUCCUCGUCGACAACGGCACCCGUGGAAUCCAGGACGUGGGCGCAGCAUGCGCCGGCACCGUCUCCGCGGGUGUGCUUGGCUCCGUUUCCGCCGAGGGCUACGAGCUGCGGGUGCGGCAGUUGCAGCGGCCUGUCAUCCAGUCGUACACCGCGCGCUGCGGCCCCGGCGGAGUGACGGGCAUGUUGGGCAGCUACGACAACCGCGGCAUGUGCCAGGUGUCUCUGACGUGCGCCAGUGGUGCCGUUGAGCCGGUGCUGCCUCCCACGGCCAGCCGCAACUGCACCGCCGCGGCCUCCUUCUUUGAUUACGAGUGCCCGCCCGGCCAGCUCGCGAUUGGGCUGCAGGGCUUGUUCCUCAACGCUGCCACUUAUACGGCCUCCGACAACAUACUGGCCGCGAUUCGGAUGCUGUGCGCCGCUGUGCCGGUCGCAAUGGUGGCGCCGUCGCCGCCAUCACCUCCCCUUCCGCCGCCGUCUCCGCCGCCCGCCGGCCGCCGCCGUGCCGCGCUCGAGACUGCAUCUGCUGCCUGGCGUCGCGCCGCAGCCGCCGCCACUGAUGCCGGCAGUAGUAGCAGUAGCAGCAGCAGCAGCAACACGCAGGCGGCAGCUACUGGGGCCUUCUUUCAGGAGCUGAUGCAGUCCCGGCGCGUGGACCUUGGCAUCAACGGCGGUGGCAGCGCCAGGCGCCGGCUGCAACAGACCUCGCCGCCGUCGCCCAGUCCGCCGUCACCCAAGCCGCCGUCACCCAGUCCGCCGUCGCCCACCCCACCGUCACCCAAGCCGCCGUCACCCAAGCCGCCGUCGCCCAGCCCGCCGUCGCCUCUUCCGCCUGCGCCGCCCAAGCCACCGCUGCCACCCUCGCCGAAGCCCCCCUCGCCCUCUCCGCCUCUGCCUCCGCGGCCGCCCAGCCCCAGCCCCCCAAGCCCGAAGCCGCCCAGUCCCAGCCCCCCAAGCCCGAAGCCGCCCAGCCCCAGCCCCCCAAGCCCGAAGCCGCCUACACUGCCUGUGCCGCCUUCCCCGCGGUCGCCGCCCAGCCCUCCCGCACCGCCCCCGGCGCCCCCGCGUCCUCCCCGGCCGCCGCCGGCGCCCAAGCCGCCACGCCCGCCUGCGCCCAAGCCGCCGUCGCCUGUGCCGUUUCCGCCCCGUGCCUCCCCGCCAUUCCCACCAUCGCCGCCCCCGGUUCCUUCACCGCCGAAUCCUCCGCCGUCGCCAGCACCCCAGAUCCCCACCCCUCCAUCACCACCGCCAAGGCCGCCGGCACCGCCGUCUCCUCCGCCCAUACCUCCUACGCCGUCGCCUCCGCCGGCGCCGCCACCGCGCCCGCCGUCGCCUCCACCUCCGCCGCCAUCUCCUCCCCCGCCACCAUCUCCCUCUCCCCCGCCGCCACCACCACCUGCUAACGUAACUUACGCCGACGUCAUCCUCUGCCGCGACUGCUCGCCCCUGUUUGGUGAGGGUCCUGGAGCGGCAUCGCCCUUGGUCACCACCUCCCGCCAAGGUGUGCUGCGCUGCCCGCAGCGCCAUAUCAUCACGCAGCUACAAACGCCGAUCGUUUCGGCGGGGGCUCUGCCGCUGCAGUCUGGCGCCGUGGCGAACCAACCACUGACGGGGCUGGGCGGCGUGUGCGCACCUUUAGCAUCGGCACCGGGUGCGGUCGACACCGUCAGCGCAGGCCUGCCAGCGGUGCCAACGUUGCCUCCCAUCUCUGGGCAGCCCUUUAAUGUGUCGAUUGUGGGUGGUGCGGCAUGCCCCACCGGAAUUGUGCAAGUGACCGGCCUGCACCUCUCAUUCCGCAUUGGCCCUCCCGCCAACCCGUCGUACGUCAACAACCUCGCUGUCAGAUGCCGUACCGUGGCCACGCCUCUGCCCCUGCCGACCGCGCCCGUGGGUUACCCUAGCCACCGGCCAUUCAGCUACACGUGCCCGCCGAGCACCGUGCUGUCGGAGAUCUUUUGGAAUACUCAGGAGUGGCCAGCUUCGUCGCCAGGCACCGUCCGCAACCAGCCCGUCCCGGUCAUCACCAGCCUCGUCUUCAAGUGCACCCCGUGGACGGUGCCGACGCCUGCCGCCCCCAUACCCCCGCCAUCGCCCUUCAGCCAGAUUGAGGCGAACAGCAUGACCAGCCUUACCCUGGCAUGCCCUCUUGGCCAGUUUCUCACUUCCGUUUACGGCAGGUUCGACUCGGCGCCCGCCAACAUGGGUGGCGUGGCCUUUGUGCGCAGCCUGAGCAUCACAUGCAGCGGCCCCACCACCGUCACGCGCGAGGUCUCAACCAUCAUGGCCCCGACCGCCGCCACCACGCCCUUCACGUCCGCGGUGUGCCCUGGCGGCAUUGGCGCGCUCACGGCUCGCACGCUGGCCGUACCUGGAGCCCCCACCACCACGCCUCCGGCGCUGCUUUCGCUUGAUGCGCAUUGCUACGACACGCAACUGCACACACGCAAGCUGAGCUUCCUGCCACCCGCGCUAUCAAACGCAGCACCACAAGUGGCUGACCGUAUCUCGGAGCUCACAGACCGCUGUCUGGGCCUGACCCUGGUGUCGGGUAUUACGGUGUUGCGAUCAAUGUUUAGCGGCGGCGUACUCAUCACAUCUGGCGUUCCCACCUCCUCCUUCCUGCACGGCAUUAAAGUCAGCUGCUUCGACGUGCCGGAGCCUAAUCCACCGGCGUUGGCCGUGUCGGCCCAACUGCCGCCCAACCAGCUGCCAGCCGCACCCGCGGUCACGUUCAAGUACGAAUGUCCGGCCGGCUCCAAGGUCGUCUCAGUGCUGUCGCGCGUGGACGCAGACGAUGACCUUCUCAACGUCCGCAUUGAAUGCGACAACGCGCCGCUUGGCGACGCCGAGUCCCUGGCGUCCAUAGCAGCCCGCCUCACGCCAUUCUUUGCGCCGCCUCAGAUCUUCGUUGCCAACUGCACCAACUGCACAACUGCCGCCAACGUCAGCUCGAUGGGCUACGGCCAGCGACGCUACAUCAGCCCUGACAUUGCCAUCUCAGCGCCCCGCACGUCGUAUGUCAUCGAGCGCACGUGCCCCCUGGGCAUAGCCGGCAUCAUCAACACCGCUACCUCGAGCCGCAUCGUGCCGGAGCUUGGCGGCGCUGCCACGCCCGUGUCGUCCGCUGCCCUGCCCAGCAGCGUGGUGACUGGCGCCACCAUUGCGCUGUUCGACGUGCUGUUGGACUGGGGCAACGCCGUCGCUUUCUGCAUGGCCCAAGAUGGCGCGCUCAUGACCAUUGAGGAUGAGUUGCAGCGCCUGGCGGUCGGCUCAGUGGUUCAGGAGUGGGCGGCGGAGAACACCGGUGACGCGGUACUGGGUGUCUGGAUUGGCGCGCGCCGCACUGGUAAUGGCCUGUACGAUUUCACGUACCAAGAUAACACCCCUAUGGGUGGCUACGUCGCGCCCUGGGCGCCUGGCGAGCCCAACGAUCUGUCGGGCGUGGAGGAUUGCGUGGAGCUGGUCGUCAACGUGACCAGUGGGCUUGUAAGCUGGAACGACCGCGUGUGCACCGGCUUAGUGCGCCGGCCACUCUGCAAGCUGCUGCCUAAGGCCACGGUGGAGGGUGCGAACUCAGCUGACGUGGCGCCGCCGAAUGUGCAAAUCUCUGCUACCAACAAUGACGAGCUCAGCUUCUACAACGUUAGCCUGACGUGGUAUGAGGGACUCAACUUCUGCCAGCGGCGUGGCGGCAACCUCGCCAGCUUCCGCGACCAGGACGAGAUUAAACGAUUCAGCGCAGCGAUCACGGAUUGGAUUGGCUACGCUGAACCAGGGCGGUUCUUAUACCAGUACACAACGCUUCCCAUAGCGUGGACGGGUCUGCGACGCCAAAUGCCAGCUGCGGGCACACCGGCCGAGGCGCUGCGCUCCGCAUCCGCUGUGUUUCAGUAUGGCGGCCGAGAGUUCCUCUUCAUUCCCACGCUGGCCACUCCUGAUGAGGCUGACAGCGCCUGCCAGGGCUUCGGAGGCAAUCUAGCCACCCUGUAUACGCUCGAUGAAUACAACGCCGUCCUCACGGAGUUCCUGCCUGCCAUCAUUCGAUACGGCAUCAACUCGACAGCUUCGGUGGUUGCAACCCACAUCGGCCUCAUCCGCACAAACUUCAGCAGCUACGGCUGGCGUGAUGGCCUGGGUUGGAACGGAUACACGCCCGUGGGCGUGCCUGUGAACAUGGCGUCACUGUGCGGCGUCAUCAACACUCGUUGCGCCGCUGGCAACACCUCAGUAAGCUUCUCAUCCUGCAGCUGGAACGUCAGCACCACCAGCUGCUCGUUCCAGGCCAACAGCAUCUACCCAGCUCGCAACCCCUACAUCUGCAGCCGGCUCACUCCCGCGACAUCAAGCAUCGUCUCCGGCUACCGGCAGUAUCUGGCCUUUGCUGAGCGGCGCACAUGGGCCGGCGCGGCCGCGGGCUGCGCAGCCAUUGGUGCCCGCUUGGCGAGUUUCCAGCUGCCAGAAGACUACAGCGCGUUCCUGGCAGUCGCCAACAGGUCUCAAGUUUUCCUAGCUGCUACGGGCAUGACCACGUCGCUCGCCGGCUCCGCCCACAUUGGCCUGUCACACGAUAGCACCGGCGCCUACAGCUGGUCCGACGGGCGGCCCCUGCUGUAUGGUGUGUGGGCUGCGGGCCAGCCUGAUGCCCUGGCCGCCAACACCACCUGCGGCUCCUUCGCGCUGUCUUGCACAAACUCCUCCGGCGUCUGGAUGAACUGUGCAACGCCGCAGCUACGGGACGUGGCAUGUGGCACCCUUGCGCCCUACGUUUGCAGCUACGACUUCGACGACGAGUGGGCUUUCUCAGAUGGAACGCCUCUGUUGUACACACGCGCCACGCCAGCUGCCCUGGGGCAGCCGGCCGCUAUCAUGGCCGGCAAUUACCAGUGGGACCAGUUUAACCGGACAGGCUGCACAGGCGCAACCGCGAGCCGCGACUACACGGGCACACCCUUCCUGACUUUCUCCACCAACGACACCGAGAAGUGCUGCAGCACCUGCAGCGCCACCCCGGGAUGCGGCUGGUUCACAAUUGUCACCAACACCAGCACCUGCACCCUCAAGCGAGCCAACGGAGUGCUUGUGGCCUCAGCCAACCCCAACAUGCGGUCCGGAGCAUCCGGCCGUCCCCUUGCCAGCCUGGCCGAUCCUGGCGCCCUUCUGAACCCUCUGGGCAGCCCUGACUGUGUCACCUUGACCUCUGGUUUGGAUCAGCGGCUCUUGAUAGGAAGUGGCGAACCAAGCACAGUUGGAUCAGUUUACCGAAUGCCGAACCAGCAGUGUUUGCAGAAGUUUCCAGUGGCAUGUCGACGCUCAAACGCGAAGGAGGCAGUGCCCGAAACCGAGCGCCGCAGUUUGGCAUCAUACAUCCAGCCCGUCGGCAGGGUUUACACCAGUAACGGCCAGCUGGAGCUGUCACUUUACAAGACAUGGCAGGACUCUCCAUCUGCUCAGAAGUUCUGCGAGCUGCGCGGUGGCACCUUAGUGGAGCCGACAACCUAUCAGAUCCAAGAGGCCGCCUUCCGCUUGGGUUUGGAUAUUCUUUACCGUGGCCAGUCAACGGUCUUCGUCGACUACCACAUUGGCGCGUCGGACAAGGUGCAGCAGGGCCAAUAUGUGUACAACUCCGGCGCACGUGUACUUGACACGUAUUGGGGUUGGUCUACGAGCACCCCGGUCCCAAUCUUCCUGGAUAACCGGGAUUGUGUCAAGGCGAGGCAUAACUCCAACAUGUCGCCGAACCAGACGUGGGCUCCUACCUUUUGCCGGUUUGCGGGCUCUUAUCCCAUGUGCCAACGCCCGGCCACGUUGUCGCCUGAGUGGGUGGUUGCCCGAAGCAUUGCACCCGCCGCUCAGACGGUGCAAGGCCGUUCCCACUUCAUGUUCUUCCCGCGCCUGAUGGAUUGGUACCAAGCCAAGGCCUUUUGCGAGGCCAACUCGGGAGACUUGGCUUACUUUGACAGCGCCCAGCAGUAUGAGGAGGUGGCAUCAUCCCUACGGCAAUGGGCACAGACCCGCCCGUUCGCAUCUGGCAGCAUUUCCAGGAGCCAGUCCUACGUCAGCGUGUGGUUGGGGCUCAACAAUCGCUUUGGUUCGUGGCGGUGGUCUGCAAGACCCUACGUUGAUGUGAACCCGGUUUGGGCCCCUUGGACCGGUUACAACGCCACCGGUUUCAGGGUACGCAACCGAGCCUACGAUGCCCCGGCGAUGGGUCUCAUGUCGCCCGGUAUCGACACGCCGUUCACCAUGUGCCCCAACGAGACGGAUGCGGAGAGUUUCGUUGUGGGCUUCCGGGCCCAAGUCGACACCCGGUCUUUGAGUGGGACGCCAACUAGUGCCAGUAACUUGCUAGGAUUGAUGGGACUGCGGAUGCGAUGCCGCUCCAAGUCAUUUGUCGGCACCUUCGAGAACUUGAUGCCGGAGCAGGACAUCAGCAGCAUUACAAGUGUCUCCGGCGUUGGUGCAUGGGGCACAUCCGAGACCCUGUGCAACAAUUGGAACAACUCAGGCUUCGGUAACUGGGUCGUCGGGCUCCAGUUGCAAGCAGUUCCAAGGAGGGAUCGACCCAUCAUGUCACAGGUCCGAAACUGCAUUCCGUCUGGCGGCAACCCAUGCGCAUCAUACACCGUCAGCUGGCAGGCGACCAGAACGACGUGGGGAGAUGAUGUGGGCAUUACGUCCAUCCGUGGUAUCUGCGCAAAUCAGCGUGCGGACAACGCCAGCUGGGCCCAGAUCGUCAACCCGGCGCCGGCGACCGACGCACAGUGGCUUCCGCCAAUCACCUGCGAGUCAGGCUUUGCUGUCUGUGGCAUAAGCACACGCGUCGACUUUUCCGGUGCCAAUUUCACGAUCGCCAAUGCCAGCAACAGUGCAAGCGACGACUCUGGAGUUUCUGGAGUCACACUUCGCUGCUGCCCACUUCGAGAUCAAUUCGCGCUGUCCACUGAAUGCGCGGAAGCUUACGUGUUCGGGAACAACGGCACCAGCGCAUGGCAGCAGCGGCAGUGCGCCACGCGUCGAUCGCUGGUCAGCAUAAGCAACGUGCUGUGCCGCCGCGAGCUGCCCGAUAGCAACGCCAACGCGGCAAUGAUUGUGACAAACACGUCCGCCACCACCCGCGCGGCCGACAAGGAGCUAGCGUCCAUCCCCACCCUCAGCUCCCCCCUGCUACCGGCAGUGGCUCAGAGCGUGGAGCCGCUGGGGGCAGAGCGUGUGCUGACCACCAUAACGUCGCGGCGGGGAACCACAGACCAGGUCCAGCUGUAUGAAGUCCUACUCUUUGACAUCCCCAUGCCCUGGCAACCGGCUGUAUCGUUCUGCCAGGCGCACGGCGCAGAGCUUCUGGUCAUUGACGACGACAGUACCGCAGCGGCGGCGAACCGCCUAGUGGCGCGUGUUAUGCCUGCAACUGCCUUCCAAUCUUCUACCACGUUUUCCCUUCAAUUCUGGCUCGGCGCAUCCAACCGGGGCAGUGGAAGUGCGUGGGCUUGGAGCAGCGGCGGCGGUGUGACCUAUGAAAACUGGGUAACUGGGGCCGAGCGGCCGCAGCGGCCCUCAUGCGGAAAGAUGACUUACAGCGUCUUCAACCAGUCCACGACCUACGUCAACGCCGGGUGGGGGGCGGAGUCCUGUGGCGCUCAUCUUCUGGUACUGUGCCGCCGUCGUAGUGGCGACGGCGGCGGCGUUGCCCGUGCCACGCCAUCUAUGUCUACGGCACCCGCGGCUUCGCUUACGAUCCGAGAUGUGCGCACCACGUUGUACCGCGAGACCAUGACCUGGAGUCAGGCCGUGGACUACUGCCAGCGUCGAUCCGGCAUCCUUGCCAGCAUCAACUCCGCCAACGAGGCCGACGUCAUCGCGGCGAUGGUACGUGAGUGGGCGCGAACUACGACUGCUGGAGAGGUCAAGGUUUGGCUGGGCGGCUCAUGGAGCCAAAGCGAGAAGAUGUACAAGUGGGAGGACGAGAUGCCGUUUGAUUACGUUCGCGGCGGCGGCUUGCUGGCGGCGCCGGAAGGCCCAACCCAGCUCUGCUUGUCUUGGCGGCUGCUGCCGGACGGGACGGACGUGUGGCAGACGGACGAGUGCGCCGAGUUUGCGCUGGCGCUCUGCCAGUCCGAGCUGCAGCCCUUCAUCUGCAACACCGGUGCCAACUCAACGCGGCCCGUGGACGCCAACCCCUAUGACGCCAAGGCAAAGGUUUAUUGCCCGCCAGGUACGGUUCUCACGGGCCUUUCCGGCAGCAUCGCAAACUCAAGCCUGUCAGGGGCAAGUCUGGCGCUCGCCGACGGUAUCUCGUUUUCUGGCAUCUGUGGCAACCCUGCGGCGCCCGCCAUCCUGGCGAAGCGCGACAAUGAGGAGCUGCCGCAGUGCCGUUAUCGCUGGUCACUGCCCCGCAUCGAGGGGCCCGAGGUGACCAUCAACACAGCCAACUCCACAACCGCACUCGACAGCUGCUUUAAGAUGUGCGCAGUGGGCGAUGCCCCGCUUGCCUACAUCUACCGCACGCCACUGCUUGCGGUUCUGUACCAAAUCAAUGGCGUCUUCUCGUGCCGCUGCGGCCGGGCCCUGGUCGGCCGCCAGUUGAUCAACGAUGAUGCAAUCAAGGCGGCGGAGGCUACCGGCGCCGCAACCUUUCUGUACGGCCGCUCGUACGAAGUGUAUGCCAUCUGCACCGUUUCGGAGGAGUUCAUGACCGCCGGUUACUUUCAGCAGAUCACCUUCGCUUUGACAUUGCAAGACAUUACUGCGCAGCCGCCCAAGCUGACCUCCUUGGUGCGCGGCUCCAAGUACCGUGUGUUCAGCGGCCAGCGCACUGAUUGGAAUGCGGCCCAGCGCAUCUGCACUCUGCACGGAGGCCAUCUUGCGACGCUAGAGAGCAUUGGCGACAUCGACGAUCUCAACCAGUUGUUGCGCGCUAACCUUAACAUUACCGUCGAGUUCCCUCAAGGCACUGGCAUUUGGUUGGGAUUGUACGCGGCACAAACCGGAUCAUACCGAUGGAUCGAUGGUACACCCUUGCGCUACCCGCUGGGACCCGUGCUUGAGGACUGGGGCUAUGCACCGCCGAAUUGCGGAUACUUUGACCCGUGGCUCAAUUCCAAUCGCGGCGGCCGACUAAUCAACGCCGACGUGCGCGCGGGAUCAUGUGAUAACGCCAACGCCUUUGUUUGCGAGACAAGUACAAUGGUGGAUGACAGCUUGACAGACAUCACGCCCGGGAUCCGGGCCUCCUACACUCCUUCGACCGCGACUAGGGGCGCCGCCUGGGACCUUGUGCAGUUCAAGGCGCACCGCGUCUCUUGGCACGACGCCUCACGCAUUUGCCGCUAUAAUAACAUGGACUUGAUGUGGUUCACGGAUUACCUUGAGGAGAGCAUCGUGCUCAGUACGGGCACAGCAUGGCUCGCUGCCACGCCGGAUGUGACCGGCCGCAUAUCCUGGCGCACCCGCGCGGAGUCCGCUGCUGCCCUGCGUGACUCGCGGUGGACCCUGCCCCUCAACUGGAACGGCACAGCCGCACAGCUCCUCGCCCGAACCGAUUACACGCAGCUCUGCGGCAUAUUCGACGCAACUAUUUUUGUGAGCCCUAACCCAAGCACACGCCAAAGCCCGUUUUCGCUGGCGCACUGCACCAAUGAGGCGUACCCCUUCGUAUGCAAGAGUAAAGUCGAGCGAUGGCGCGGCCUUCCCGCUACAAACCUCGUCACGCCUUCGCCCCCUCCACCCCCAACGCCACCUUCGCCACCACCUGGCAUUGGUAACGUGCUCCUGCGCAUUGAGCGACCAGCAGCCACGUUUGUCGUGCUAGAUCAGGUCACUUCCCGGGCCGAGGCGUCACGUAUAUGCCGCGCCAAUGGUGGUAAACUGCCUGAGUUUACGGAUCUGAGCGAGUAUGACAUUGUCACCGAAUCUGUACGUCGCUACUCGACCGGCAAGACAUCAGAGGCAUUCUGGGAGUUCUGGUUUGGUGCAUCGAGGGACUACUUGACUGUCCCCAACACCACUGUCUGGCGCUAUGAAUCAGGCGAAAUAGCGUCACCCACCGUAUGGGGUCCUGACGAGCCAAACAAUGUUGGUGGGAACGAAAACUGCGUGCAUAUCUUAGUGUGGCUCCAGGACACGCCCACGGCGCAGCGCAGCUCUUCCCCAAUCCGGAACGAGCGCACCUACUGGAAUGAUGUUCCAUGCGAUCGCCGGUCGAAUGUGGUGUGCCAGCUACCACCGAGAGCUCCAGGGCCGCUGCCGCCCCCCAACUCGGACAUCAAUGCGAUCGAGUACGUCGGCACCCUGCGCGGCAUCCGUUACGUGAUGUACAGCCAACAGCUGAGCUGGGCUCAGUCCAAGGCGUACUGCGAGGCAAACGGCCAGACGCUGGCGGACUUCGUGACCUCGGAUGAGCUGGAUGGUAUGGUCCGCGGAAUUUUCCACUACGUCUACACGCUGUCUGAUUUCAACGACGCCGUGCUCAAAACUUGGACCGGAUACAACAGCCGAAGUGCUGACUACAGAGGAAACAGCAUCCUCACUGCAAACAGCUUUGCCGCGAAGUCCACCACGGGCUAUUACGCACCGACCCAGUUGGCGUCUGGUUCCUGCUACGGCCUUACUCUGGAUCCGAAGACUCAGGUGCUGCAGCGCCUGUUCGAGCCGGUCGAGUGCACCGAACUCAGGAGGCCCAUCUGCCGUUAUGACCAGGCCCUGGCAGCGGCUGCUUAUGAGACGACGAUCAGCGGCCGGCGCUUCGCUUAUUUCAAGGAGGAGCGUACGUGGGGUCGCGCCCGCGACGUAUGCAGGGGCCUGUUCCAGGGUGACAUUGCUACAUUCAGGACUGAUGCGGAAUGGGCUUCCGUGAAGACCUGGCUAAACGGCAUUUUCUGGAGCGGACUUGUUGAUACUCUGCAGGCCGCGACCCUGGAUGGAAGCAUAAUGACGGAACAGGCAUGGUCAGGCUUCACCAACCUGUAUUCUGCUGAGUGGGCUAUGGUGGACAACCUGACCCGACCUCUCACCGGCACUCUACGCAACGCUGCCUGGCUUAACGCCAGCGAGCCAACUGUCACCUCGGAGUGUGGUUAUGUGGACAUUCGCGGGACGGUGCGGCCGUCAGUGGACAGCUUCUGGCGUGCCUCGCGGUGCAACAUCACGCGCCCCUUCCUGUGCGCAUACUCACCGACGGGGGCGCCUCCACAGAAUCCCGCCACUUAUGUUCCCGCGAGGUCGCAAUUUGAGCUGGCUACUUCAAUUGCCAUGCGAAUUAACCGCUACGGCUACACGUACACAAUCAUCACGGAUCCCAAGCUCAGAGGCAGUUACGCUGAGGCCCAAUCCAUGUGCAGCAUGCUUCCCGGCUUCCCUGGCGGCAUGUUGGCGACCUUGUUCAGCGCCGAGGACCUUGAGUACUUCAGUCGUGUGGGAGCGGUGGCCGAGGGAGAUGCGCCCAACCUGUGGGUGGGCUUCGGCGAUCUCCUGAGCCCAGGCUUCCCCUUCUGGAUGAGCAGCAACGUGGCGCCGGGCGGCGACCUGAGCGAGCAAUGGAGGCGGGACUUCAGCCCUGUCGCGACUCUUGAACCAGUCACAAACUCCAUGGCGUGUGGCUACCUUGACACAUCCAGCGGGCAGCUGCGGCGCGACUUCUGCCUCCUACGCAAGUAUGGCUUCAUCUGCAUGUCGCCAGGCUCAUACGGCGAAACCCAGCAUGUUGCCGUGACGGAGAUGACUGGAGAUGGCAUGCCAGACGUGGUAGUCGCGACAAACUGCCCAUGGGAUAAUGGUGCAAGUAUCAUCACUUUCCAGCAGCCGGCCCCCGCCUCCUUCAGCACCGCGGCGGACCAGCUCAUUCGCCCCACUCUCACAGCCCGCCACUGCGGCGACGGUAUCCCCCUCAUGGCCAGGGAGGAGUGUGACGAGGGCUUCGACAUCGAGGAGGUCAUCACGUGGGACUUUGGUUAUAACGCGACAGUGGCCAAGCCUGCUGCAACAGCCAACCGCAACGGUCCCGGUGCGUGUGCGACGUCGUGCAAGCUGCAGCCGCGCUUCGUGGUGCAGGCCGGCGCCCGCGAGGUGUUCAUCGCCCUGGGCUCGGGCAACGACACCAUCAAGCACCUCGGCGUCAACUACAACCUGUACGGCCAGGCUCGCGGCUUCCGCGAGCUGGCCGACCCACCUGACUCGCCGCUGGUGCUGGAUGGCUUCACCAACAUCACUGCCGAUAACCAGUUCCCUGCCAACGAACCCAUUGCCAUCCACAAGGGUCGUGCACUCAUGCCCGGGACUCCUUUCCAGUUCCGAGCGUUCAUGCAAACCGACACCUCCAAGCCCGUGCUGCCCAACUGGGCCAACGUCGAAACUGCCAGCGUGUCCGACCCGUCCUUCAUCACCGCCACGUCCACCUGCGGCUGCACACCCACCAACCCCAGCGGCCAGCCAGUGGACCUGAGCAUCAGACAGCAGGGUGGCGCCGUGGAGUUCAGCUGGGUGGUGGGCUCAGCCUGCGAGAGCUCCGUGUCCAUCACCCGCAGCCUUGUGGAUGAGGUGAACAAUGAGCUGCUCAACACCACCACAGUGGCGCAGCUGUCUAUCGGCCUGGCCUGCGGCACAGCGUACCGCCCCUCCAAGGCCGAGGUGGAUGAAGACAUCGCGCGUGACAAGCUGCAGGUUGGCCGGACGUACCGCUACUGCAUCGUGGUCACCUCUGCCGCCACGUCCACCUACUUCCUGGACGCGACCAAGCCACUGGAGCCCAUCCGCUUCGUAAGCGAGCCCAUUUGCCGUGACGUACGCAUUCAGUGGACCUCCACCAUCACCGGCGAGGUCCGCACGCGUUACGACACGCCGGCCCCUGGCGUACGCCUGUCGGCCCGACUAAUCGGCACACCCUACGUGGUGAGCGCCGUCACGGACGACAGCGGCCGCUAUGAGCUGGUCAUGCAGACGGAUGUGUACAACUGCGACCCAGUACUGGCGCCCGAGGAGUGCCUCAAGCAGCGCGUCAGGGCGGUGGCCAGUGCGCGCACCAAGCUGCGCUCAGGCCGCAUCCUGCUCCAUGACUUCAGCAUCAAUGGCCGGCCGGGCGCAGUGCAGAUGCUGGCACUGCAGCACUUGCAGGUUCAGCAGAGUGUGCGAAUCUUGGAUGAAAGCGCCAUGCCUAUCACCGGAUUCGUCAGGUGGCCGGGAUCGGAGGCGAAUCGCGGCUUUGAUCAGACACGCGGCUGCCCCAUCACCAACGCGCGCGUGUGCGCUGUCACUGCCCGCGAGAACUCAAGCGUCAGUUGCGCAAUGAGCGACCCCGGGACGGGUGCGUUCCUGCUGGCUGCGGGCGUUGGCUCGUUCCUGCGGCUGGACGUCACGUACGAGAACCACACAUUUGCCAUCAACAUGCUCGGCACCGUCGAUGUUGAUGACACUGGGGCCUUUGAGCUCAUGGCGCCAAUCUACGAUGUCGAUAUCCGCGACCUGACCCGCCGCACCGUGCGCGUGGGCCUUGUGGGCGGGCAGUGUGAAAUCAAACUGGGAGCCGCCGUGCUGCAGUUCAGCGCCUACGACUGCGACCUACAGUCGGGCCAGCGCGCGCUGGACCGGCGUGUACGCUUGGACCCGAGCGUGCCGUACACGGACAUUGAGGUACCAGCAUUACCCUGGGACAUAUCCUAUGUGGGCAUUGAGGAUGCUGUGCCCGACGUGAGCCCCGAAGCAAUCGAGCGAUUCCUCACCAUCACCAACCAGAUCACGGGCUUUGUGAACCUGACAAUUGGUACCGACACGGAGCUGUUCGACCCCACUGCUGCGGACCUCGACAUUGGUGAAGAGCCCGUUCUGCCUGAACCGCCAGUCGUCAAGUUCCAGUUCACAGCUCCCAACGAGAUGGAGGUGCAGGUGUGCAAGGACUUCAAAGGCUCCCUCAUCAACUGCGGCGAGUUCAGCCUCAACCGCCGUUGCGACGGCAACACCUCGAUCAACGCCUACCAGGCUGUGUACAGCGCCUUCGGGCCGCCCGACACGUCAUUGGUGAAGAAGGAUGUGUUGCUGCUGAAGCGAGCUGCGCGGUAUAAGAUGCGCAUCAAGCUCUUCCAGAUGUACGGCAGGCUCCGGUGCGACAACCUGAAGACCACAGUGCUGGUUCAGGAUUCCAUUGGAGGCGAGGUGGAGGAGAACCAGUGCAGCGUCAAGCGCCGGGGCUGCGUGAAGAAUGUUGGGUUUGAUGAGCUGACCAACACCACCGAGUUCACCUACGACCUGGUCCCGGGCGCCAUUAGCUUUGCUGUCGGCACCGCCUACGCGCUGCCGCUGUCGGCUGUGGCUGCCAGCCCAGGCUGGCCUUCGCGCUCCCUGCUAUUGUACUCCAUCGUGGAGGGCACCCAAUCCCGCACGGGCACUGGCUACAUCGAGAUCCCCAUCCCCGUGCCUCUGCUCAUCUUGCGCGACCCGCCGGGCGACCGCAGCUAUGCCACGCUGGAGGGAAGCAUCUCCACAGCCGUCAAGCUGUCACAAGUGACGCACGACAAACAGACCUGCGGCGGCGUGGGCGAUGAUGAGGUCUUCAGCAAGGCCAUGCCUGUAAACUUGCUGAACGCGGUUCCUUUCUCCAAGUUUGGUAAAACCUCCAAGAUCAACGAAGGGGUGAUGAAGGCAACCAAAAGCGCCGCCAAGGUCGCGACCGCACAGGAUAAGAUUAGGAGAGGUGUCCCGAAGACCAGUCUGUGGGGCCAGGUGAAACGGUUUGGCAGCAAGGGGGCAGCUGCACCCGGGAAGGCGGUGAAAGGUGUGGUGAAGAAAGUGAAGUCAUGGACGGGCUCUGGGACGAAGAAAUCGGAUAUUGUCAUUGGCGGCCAACGCAAGGGCGCCGUGCCAGUCAAGCAGCAGGAGUGGGUGAGGGCAACGGCUAACCGUGGCGCAACAACGGCAACGCAAACAUCAUCCGCGGCCCAAAAAGGCACCCAGCUCCCUUCGUCCCUGACCAAGGCGGUGAGCACAGCGAAGAAGGUUGUUGACAAGGUCGACGACAGUCUGGAGCAAAUGGCUUUGUUCUACCAGAAGUACUUCCAGGAGAACGCCAUCAAGAAGUUCUACGACGAUUACCACAUCAGCAAGUACAUCAAGGUCCUGAAGCGCCUGUACAAGAGCGAUGCUCUCACGCCUGAGGACACCACGGGCGAGCAGCUGCAAGACCCUGAUGGACUUGAGAUGGGCCGCGGCGCGGGUUUGUCGUACCGCAAGACCGAAAACGGUGGCCAGCUGGCAUUCGAGCUGUUUGAGGGCCUUGGAGUGCCGACUGACCCCGACACGCUGGCUGCCGUCAUUGCUGAAAUGAAGACCCUGGGUGAAGACGAGAGCGCCGAGCUGCUUGCUGGGCUGGUGGAGCAGCGGGACUAUGCGCGGGAUGCCGUUGAGGAGGACCCCAUGCUGCCAAGUGUCAACCUCAUUGACAUGAACGUGGCCUUCAACCGCGACCCCUACGGCCUGCGCCCUGGCUACAAGCACCUCGGCAAGGAGACGUCCAGGAUCCCCGACAUCUACCGUCCCCAGGACAAGGCCGAGUUCAGGUUGCGGUCCGGCGGCUUCAGUGGCCUGAACCCCAUCUGCGCCAAGCGGCACAUUGGUGUCGGGUAUGAUCUGGACAUCCUCUCGUGCGCGGGCUUGGGUUACAUGGUGUGCCUGCCAUCCAUCCGUGAUCGAGGCCAGGCUGGCAUGCUUACUGAUAUGGCCUGGUACAACGAAGAGGAGGAGGAGUCGUACUACAAGCUGACCAUCAAGCGCGAGGAGGGUUUCAGCACGCCUGAGGAGUCCACCCCAGAGCUCACCGACGGUGGCGGCGACAUGAUUCUGGCGCCCACGUUCGCCAUUAUGUUCAUCCUGCAGGAUGAGCUGAAGUUCGACACCCGCACGUGCACACCAACGGCACGCAUGGGCAUUCCCGGCUGGGACCUGCAGGAGAACAUGCAUGGCACUGCCUGGCACUCUGUGCACCACAUCCGCAACGUAGUCAUCCCCGAGCUCUCGAGCAAGUACGCCGCCGAGAUGUCCAAGCCGGCCGCUCAGCAGAGCCCCGACAUCCUCGCCAACAUCUACCAGGGCAUGCGUGGUUGGGAGGAUGUCAUGACAAUCUACGAUGAGAUGAACACCAUGGCAAAGCAGCAGGAGGAGAGCUUUCCCAACUACGUGGUGGGAGACCAGGAGAUCAACGGAAUGGUGCAGGGCACCGUGGAAGGCGUGUGGCAGGCGACGCUGGACGACCACCCCGACAGGCACAUGGAUGCCUUUGAGGCCCGCUCCAUUGACCCAGAGCGGCUGGAGCAAUCACCAGUGUGGAAGCUGGGAUACUAUGAAGGCAGUGAGAAGCUCGCGCAGCUCAUGCUGCGUACUCAGGCGUACAUGGAUAACAGCACUUCGGCCGGCAACAUCGUGGCGAUGCCCCGCGCCAAGGCGGCCAUGGGCGGCGUCGCCACCGGAAAACAUGUUGACAUCCUGCAAGAGAAGUACGGGGUCCAGUUCAACACCAUGUCCUUCAGCGGUGGUGGCGGCAGCUACAGCUACCGCUUUAAGACCAUGAGCACUAUCAGCACCAAGAUCCAGUUCCAGAUCAGCUUCAAGGACAUGUUUGGCUGGAAGGGCGGCGGAGGCGGUGGUGUUGGGUUCUGGAUUGAGACCACGGAUGAGAACCUUUACGGUUUCGAGCUCGAGUUCGACUCCAGCCUGCUGGAGGAGACGGACCGCGAGCGCACCGUGAGCUUCACGCUCAAGGACAAGGACGUGGGCGACUCCUUCCUGGUCAAAGUCAAACCCGACAUGGCGUACGGCACACCCAUGUUCGAGCUGCUUGCGGGCCGCAGCAAGUGCCCAUACGAGCACGGCACGCUGCAGCGUGAAGGCGCGGCGGUGUCUGUGCUGGGCGGCCAGAAUGUACAGUUCAACGUGAAGCAGGGCACAGAGGCGCUGUACGAGCUGCUGAUUGAGAACCAGUCCGGCACAGACGAGCAGGUGGAGCUGCAACUGGGCCCCGACCUGGCCACCAACAACCAAUCCAUGUACGUCCAGCUGAUGGGGGCGCCGUGGAUCGAGCCCGUGGGGUUCAGCCUGCGCGGCCCCUUCGCCGCACAAACGCGCGCCCUGGUGUCAGCCAAAUGCGGCCCGCGCUACCCCUCCGCCAGCAUCGACAUCGUCGCCAAGUCCACCUGUGACAGCUCCGAGCUGUCGCGUACGCCCCUCACGCUGCAAUGCUUCACCCCCUGCCCCGCUGUCAUGUGGCCGCAAGAGUGGCCGCAGCAGCAGCCCCUCAUCUACAACCUCAGCGACAUUACAGCAAGCAAGACCAUCCGGCUCAAGGUCUUCAACCCCGCAUACUCCAUCCAGAAAUGGAACACCCACCCGCGCCUCAACGGCACCAACGGCACCACUUCGAUCAUCAUCGAGUACACCAACGUGGUCUCGGGCGGCGGCAUCUGGCUGCCGGUGCGCUACCUCAACGGCAGCCGGGUGGACUUCAGCAAGAUCGAGGACCCCGCCUACGGCUACGCCACCUUUGACUGGUCGCCGGCCUCUGUGGUGGACGGCGAGUACCUGCUGCGCUACGUGGCGUACUGCGACAUCCUGGUGGGCGGCGGCACCGACAGCCGCUACGAGGGCCCCUCCAUCUCCCUGCUGGUGGACAAGGCGCCGCCCGUGCCCAGCCGCUUCUCGGCCUGGCCCAACAUGUCGUACGUGCCGGGAGACCAACUGUUCGUGGACUUCACUGAGCCGUUGGACUGCCGCAAGCCCUUCGCCUUCGGCGUGGUGGCCACCCAGCGCGACUCGGCAGGCAGCACCUUCAUCAUCCCCAGCACCGACCUGUACGCCACGUGCUCGGGCAACCGCAUCAACUUCCACUGGGACUCCAUCAACCGCCCCACGGCGCUCAUGCCCAACCGCACCGUCACCAUCCAGCUGCUCAACGUCAAGGACCUGGCGGGCAAUGCCGUGCCGCGCGCCAUCAACCUCACCUUCGCCACCGGCACGCUCACCGCAAACGCGCCCGUGACGCUCAACUAUGUACUGGGGCCGCUGCCCACGCCGGCGCGCCGCCUGCUGUUCGCCGACCGCUCGGGGGUGCUGCCGGUGCAGCUGGUCAACCGCCUGGCGCUGCGGGACGAGUCCGCGGCGGAGAGCCUGGAGGCCCUUGUGGAGCAGCGCAUGGAGGCGCGGCGGCAGCUGCUGGCCCGCGUGGACGGCGUGCUGCAGAGCUGCACCGCCAGCGGCGAGGCGCUGGCGGCGGUGGCGGCCAUGACCAGCGCGCGCGGGCGGCUGCAGGCCACUGACCUGCUGGAGGAUGAGGACCUGCUGAGCAUGGUCAUCGAGUUCCAGGCGACGGGCGGCAGUGCCGAGGAGACUGCCGCCGCUGCCGUGCAGCUGGUGGCGGCAGCGCGCGACAACAGCUCGUGCCUGUCCACCCAGCUGGCAGCCAACUUCGCGCAGCUCCGCCGCGUCUUUGCCGAGAAGGGCAUCGACGACCAGCUGCUUGAGGGCGCGGGUGAGGAGGAGCUCCGCGCGGUGCGGGCGGCGGCAACGGCGAGGGCGGCGCGUAUGGGCCUGGCGCAAGCGUGGGAGGCGUCCGUGGCAGAGGCGCAGCGGGAGCAGGCGAAGCUGCUGGCGGCGAGUGAGCAGGCGACGACGGAGGCGCAGGAGCUGCUGGCGCACAUGACAGCAGUCUCGGAGGCAGACGGCGUGUCGGCUAACCAGCAGGCGGCGGCAGCCGUUGUGGUAUCGGGUGCAGAGGAGGGCGGUCGCGGCGGCAUGGAUACCAACCGCCGCCACCUGGUGAACCCGGCCGCUGUCUCCGCUGCCGCCUCCGCCACUGUGACACCCCAGCAGCAGCAGCAGCAGCAGCCUGCCGCUGCCGGCGGUCUGGUGCACUGGCUGCGCAGCCACCCCUACAUCAGCCUGGCUGUCUGCGUGCUGGUGAGCAACGCCGUGGCGCUGCUGCUGGUGGGCGGCAUCUGGCGCUACAGGAAGCGCAACAGCGGCCUGUCAGAACUCAAUUCCAAGAAGCGCGGCACAGGUCUGCUGCCGACUCGGCGCCGCCGCGGCCUGGCGGCGAUCCUGCGGCCGGGUGCUGCGAGCAGCGGCAGCACCGGCGACGGCGGCAGCAGUGCUGGCGACCAGCACCAGGCGUAAGCGCUGCUGCAAUUCUUUGUUUUCUUCUCCAUCUUGCCUUGCGUUGUGAAUAGUUCGUCCUGUGAUGAGUAUGCGCCUUGAUGAUCAUGUUGCAUAUAAAGCAUGGUGUUUCAAGCAUACUUGCUAUAUGAAAGGUGACGUAGUGUUUAGAAUGAUUGCAUGCACGUUCUGUCAUGCCUCUGGGCACUGGGGGUAUUUGAUUUCCGCCCUGCUUUCUCAUCGUGCGCGGUCUGCACGGUCAGUGUGAUGCACGUAACCGUUGCCCAGCAGUACCGUACGGAGAUUAUGAAGACGUCACGAUGUUUCUGAAUGUGAGACGGACAUUCUUUGCACAGUUAGUGUCUCUUUGCCUGGGCUUCGCUUGCAUAUCGGCCGUCUGAGGCCGCUUGUAGUACACACCGCGGAUCGUGGUUUGCACGAUCUGAAACCAUCUGCACAUCAUGCUCAACUCGUACAGCAGCGCACGCAAUUUUGCGUGAGUUUAGUUGGCACGUGUGAAGUGACGCUUCUGGGGUUCCUUCACAAGAUGUUUACGGUAUAUCUGUCCAUCAAUAUCGUUCUUAGCGCCAUCCUAUCAGUUUCAUCACGGCAUGCGUGCAUCCAUCCUUUUGUUUCCCCCUUCUCAAACGUUUCUGUUUCUUUCGCAGUUUGGGUUGCAGUUUGCGGCUUGGCGUGUGUGUUGAUAUUGUUGCUGGAAUGGACCUCCUAAUACGGGCAGUAGAGAUGGUAUGUUCGUGUAUAUGCCUCCACGCGUCAGAGGCUUGAGACGGGAAAAGUGUUUGUUGUCCCUUGCGUGUGUGCAGCCCCUUUAUCCAAGGUAAAGGUCUAUCUCAGCCUAUGCAGGACUGGCUCACCCUAGAAGAACGUGCAAGAAUGAACCUGUAAUAAGAAGGCUUC